AUGCACACUCCUGACCAUGCGUUUCUGAGCGGAGGGAACCAGUCUCUGGAUUUCAGUCCAUCGAAUGACCAAACAAUGGAAACGCUUGGAAACAACACCGUGCACCCGAAUGGAUCCGAUCCGUUUGCGCGAAACGAAGAAGUGGCCCAAAUCGAGAUAAUGGUCCUGAGUAUCACCUUCGUGGUUGCGGUGAUUGGGAAUGUAAGCGUUCUGCUUGCAAUGUACAACACUAAGAAGAAGAUGUCGCGGAUGCACCUUUUCAUCAAACAUCUCAGCCUGGCUGACCUGGUGGUCGCCUUCUUCCAGGUGCUGCCGCAGCUCUGCUGGAAGAUCACCUUCCGCUUCUAUGGUCCGGACUUUUUCUGCAGGAUAGUCAAGCAUCUCCAGGUGAUGGGGAUGUUUGCGUCCACCUACAUGAUGGUGAUGAUGACCCUGGACCGUUACAUUGCCAUCUGCCACCCUCUGAAAACCCUCCAGCAGCCCACCAAGCGCUCCUACAUCAUGAUCAUCUCCACGUGGAUAAGCAGCCUGGUGUUCAGCACUCCGCAGUACUUUAUCUUCUCCCUUAGUGAGAUCGAGAACGGCUCGAAAGUUAACGAUUGCUGGGCGCACUUCAUCGAGCCGUGGGGUGCCAAGGCCUACAUCACCUGGAUAACUGUGAGCAUCUUUCUCGUGCCCGUGGUAAUUCUCAUGAUGAGCUACGGAUUCAUCUGCCACAGCAUAUGGAAAAAUAUCAAAUAUAAAAAAAGGAAAUCGACGGCUGGUGUUGCGAGCAAGAACGGGCUGAUUGGGAAGAAUUCAGUCAGCAGCGUUACAACUAUAUCAAGAGCCAAAUUGAGGACUGUUAAGAUGACUUUUGUGAUUGUUUUGGCGUACAUUGUUUGCUGGGCUCCGUUUUUCACAGUGCAGAUGUGGUCGGUGUGGGAUGAAAACUUCCAGUGGGCUGAUUCUGAGAACACAGCAGUGACUCUGUCUGCACUCCUUGCCAGUCUCAACAGCUGCUGUAACCCGUGGAUAUACAUGGUCUUCAGCGGCCACCUCCUCCAGGAUUUUGUGCACUGCCUCUCCUGCUGCCUCAAAAGGAACACUGACUUCAAGAAGGAGGACUCAGACAGCAGUCUCCGCAGAACAACAUUGCUGACAAAGAUGGCCAAUCGGAGCCCUACUGGUAGUGCAAGCAACUGGCGAGAGAUGGACAAUUCUCCCAAAUCCUCCAUUCAGGCGGAGUAAACUUGCAGCCAGACCACUCUGUUUACUGGUAUGGGAACAAAAACCAUGUCUGGGAGUGCCAUCAAGGUACACACACAGUAUCAACUCAAAUCUUAACUUUGGGCAUGACUGACAGUGACUGCAAUACCACCAAAGUCCAAAACUACAAACCAAAUUAAGCUUUUUGCAUUUGAAUCAGGUGACAAGAGUGAAGAAAUGUUGCAUUGAAUUAAGAAUUUGCAACAAGGACAGUCAAUGUGGACAUAUUACCUGGUUUUUUUCCUGAUUCUGUAUGCAAACAUUUUUUUACAUAACCAAAGCAAAAAUAUUUGAAAAAACUUUGGGAAAAGAAGAGAAAUUGCAAAGUUCUACUUCUGUUAUCAAGCUAUAUCACUACAAUUGUCUUUAAAAUCACUAGAUGCUGACAAUUAGUAUUCAACAUAAUUUUGUUGAAACCGAUUGAACAAAUUCAACAGUCCCAAGUAGUCAAGCUGAUUUUUAGAAUUCCAACAUGAUUCCUUUUUGAUACAUUUUGAAGAGAAAACACAUUUUCAGGAGUACUGACAAUUUCAGGCUGCUCUUCAGUGCCGCCAAAAGCCCUGUCCUGCUUGGAGUGUUUACAAAGAUAAAACUCACAUAGCAGCCAGAGAUGCGUGGUGGUGAAAAUGACUCCUCCAGACCGCACGUCUCUAAGUAACCGAGGCAGUCACCUCACACUUUGUGUUUGGCUUUCCCUUUUGUUGUUUUUCAUAGAACCACAUUUAAGUGGCUUAUGUAAAAAGAAACCUUGCCUUUUGACCUAUC